CGAGGUCUGCUACCAUUAGAAAGUCAUCGCCUGUCGGAGGGUGCGGUUCUCGUGUGUUUGGAGUGUCUAAAAGUGUCGCGUCAAGAAAAUCGGCUUGGACGUUUCCAGUUUGGUUAUAAUAAUUUCAUAUAAAAAUAGUGAAAGAGACUUGAAUACGCGGUGAUUUGAUAAAAAAAGGGGACCGAUUCGCGCGACAGGAGAGUAAAAAAAAUUUUAAGAAGAUUAAAAAAAAAGUGUAUUGUGUAGUUUUCGUUUAUCAAGAGAGACGUCUAGACGAUAGACCGAGGGCAAAAUAAGUUGGCUGGGCCGCUGGAGUGGAGACGUCGCGCUGCUGGUCGAGUCUAUCGCUACGACGUGAAACGACGCCAUUUUGUCGUGUGCGAGGCAAGAAAUUUUAUUUUUUGUUCUAAAUCAAAAAAGGAAACAAAAAAAUUUGGCUACUAAACAAGUGAGUGGAUGAUUAUCACAAUCACUGACAAGUGGAAUUGGAUUUUAUGUAGAAAUCCCUAAUACCAGGGGGUGAAAGUUUCAGUGAAGAAAAGAUUUUAUUUUCCAUCCUGUUUUCCAAUCAAAAAUUAACAUCAUGAGGCUGGAAAUUGUUUCAGCGGCAGAUUUUCUCGUUGAUCUGCUGCGCAUGCAGACGGGCCAAGUGACAGAACGACAACUUGAAUUAUUCAAAACGUCGUUGACAGAGGUUCUCAAGAGACGAUAUAGGGAUCAUUGGUUCCCCGAUAGGCCAAAUCGAGGCUCAGGCUAUCGUUGCAUUAGAAUCAAUGGUAAAAUGGAUCCAGUGAUAGCGCAAGCCGGUGCAAAUGUUGGUCUUGUACCAACAGUUCUUCAUAGUUUAUUCCCAUCGGAAUUUACAAUGUGGAUUGAUCCCGCUGAAGUAUCGUAUCGAAUUGGUGAAAAUGGCUCGAUUUGUGUAUUGUAUGAAAAAACAACUAACGAACAAGAUGUCAGUCAACAGCAGAGUCAACAAUUUCAAGAGCAUAUUCAACAUCAUCAUCCACAACAACAACAAUUUGAAAGUUGCAAAGAUUCAUUGCUACUUGAAUAUCCGCAAUUUAGCGAGCAAAUCGCAGCAUUUGUGUCAAGUUGAACAACUCCAUUCCGAAGUACCGCGACGGAACAACAAAAUUUCCGUCCCGAUCUUCGCACAGAUCGUUUAACGAUCCAAAACAGGAUCCCCUUCUCGCCAUCCGUCUCCUCAGCCGUGCGAUCUCGUCGCUGAUUUAUGUCUUCUUAAGGAAUAAUUAAAAGACGAGCUUUGUUGCUCGGCCUAGGAACCACACUACUACUACUACUACUACUACUACUUCUUUAUGAUCUCAGCAUCCCAAAUAAUAUAUUGGGCCAAUUUUUUUUUUCCCCCUAAAAAAAAACCCUCGAAGACCAAACAAGAAAAAUUUUGAUGUAUAGGGAGAAGACACUUUUUGUGUCCUAACCAGUGAUUUUAUUACUGAUUUUUUUUGUCGUUAUGCCUGCCUUCUCGCUGAUCCUUCCUCUUAGUCCUACUUCUCAGCGUCUACUCAGCGGAAAUACACCGUUCCAGUUAUUUAUCAUCAUCAUCAUCAUCAUCAUCAAUUUUCCAUUUUUUGGAAGGUAUUUCUUUCGUCGCUCGGUGGGAUUUUUUUUUAAAAUCAACAUAUAAAAUCCUAUAGAAAUCGACUGCUUCGAUAUAUUUACGUGUGUAAUUGACCUAUGCGCGUUUAUAUGUAAAUAUAUAUAUGAACGUUGUAUAUUGUAAGUGCCGUAUGUGUGCACGCACUAGCGCUAUUAGCAAAUGCUAGAUACUACGUGCGUGCGCGCUUAUCGCCGGAAAUUGUGUAUAUUAUAAUCCUUUUGAAACAACUGUGAUUUUCUUCGCGAAGGGAGAGUAAUUUUUUGGUGUAAAAGUUUUUGUGAAAGAAUGAAAGAAAGAAAAAUUGUAUGUGUGAAUGAGAAUGAAAAAAAGAAAAUAAUGAUUCAGUGAAAGAUCUCGAUUAAUUCAAAAAUGUGAAUAAAAACGUCUCGGUGUAAACGAAAUUCGUAUAUUGUGAAAUGAAUUUAAAUUGUGUAAAUAUUAGUGUUUAUUUUUCAGUGCAAAUUUCAUUUUUUUUUGUCCUAACGACAAACUUUAAUUAUAAACCUUUAUAAGGUUUCCUUUUUUUUUUAGGAGGUAAGACGAAAACAAAUAUUUUUUGUUUUGGUUUUAAUCAAAUAUUUUGAUUUGUAAAUAUGAAUGAAACAAUUGUCUAUGUUCCUAAUGAAGAAUAUUUUGACAAAAUUAAUGAAGCAGAUGUUGGAAAAAUCUUUUAAAUUUUAUCGGUUUAAUGUUUAUGAUCAACGAUUCAGAAAAAAAUAGUGUUCUAGAAAUUCGCUGCAAAAAGAAGUAUCUUAUUUGAUGUUUUGGUAGCGUUUUUAAGACAUUAAGAUGUUUUAAUGUCUUAAAAACGCUACCAAAACAUUUUAAAAAAUAAGAUAUUUAUUUUUGCAGAAAUUAUUAAAUUUCUACACAAAUUAUAAAUAUAAAAUAAAAUCCAUAAAUUUUUGGUUUGAACGUUUGUUUCUUGAUCAAUAAAGGAAGAAAAAUUUGUUGGCAAAAAAUGUUAUUUUUCAUAUAGAUUGAAAAAUAUUUUUGAUCGUUGAUCAAAAAUGUUGACAAACUUCACCGAUUGUUUCUAUGAAGCAAAUAUGUAAAAUUAGUUUUGAAAUAUUCUAUUAUUCUAAUUGUAUUCUAUUCUAUUAUUUUCUAUUUAUUUUGCGGUUUUUGUUAAUAUAAAAUGAGAAUUUAAUGUAAUUUAAAUUUAGUACCCUAAAUCUGAAUAAGUAAAAAGUUUCGGUAAUUUGAAUUAGGUGACUCACUUUUUUGCUUGUGAAUUAGUAAAAUACUAAUUCAGUAUUAUACUAAUUUAAUAUUUUACUAAUUUAGUAUUUUACUAAUACAAAAGCAAAAAGUGAGUCACCUAAUUCAAAUUACCUGAAAAUUUUAACUAUUUCCAAUUUUGGAGAAUUUGCAUAUUUGUUUUAUAUGCAUUAUUUUAAAUUUAAUAAAGAUUUUUCCACCAAUACAAUAAUUUAUGAUGAGCUCCACAACGAUUUUUAAACAAAUACCUUUAUCAAACUUUUUAUUUGAAAACACAUUAAUUUAAAAGUAUCAAAUUGAUACUAAAAAUAUCAAAUUGAUAUUUUUAGUAUCAAUUUGAUACUUUUAAAUUAUUGUGAAAAAAUUUUAUUUUAAAUUUCGUUGAUUAAUAAAAAUUUGCAAAAGACUUCAAAGAAAAAGAAAAAAUGAAAAAAAAAAUUUCUAAAUAAAAUCCCAACGUUGUGAAGUUCAUCAUUAGUUUCUCAAUUGAAGCUUCCAAUCAGGAGCCUUGAAAUGAUAACGGAAAUAAUUUUCACAAAUGCACAUACGAGCUUCGUUACACCGAUUAUCUCUUUUCGUGUUGAUUAUUAAAAUUUGAUUCAAAAAUUCCAUUAUUCGAUCAUCUUUUCUGUCAGUAAAGUCAAUAGACUAUUUUUUAAAGAUACGCAAUCUAUAUAUGUAUAUGUAACUUUGACUCGAAAAGAGAAAUCGAUAAAAAAAAAAUCUCGCCGGUUACAUCUGAUUUUCUGUUCCGAGUAUAUAUAUAUAUAUAUAUAUAUACAUGGCGUGUAAUUGUAGGCAAUUUAUUAUUGUCCGAGUACAUGUGAGUUUGGACAAAGAUUGUGAUAAAAAAUAAAAAAAUAUAUAUAUAAUUAACGCUUUACAAGACUUUCGAUUAUCUCAGAAUUUUAGUGAUAAAACUAUAUAUUAUUAUAUCGUUUCAUAACGAUUAUUAUUGCAAGUAUAGAGCUAGUCAAAGCACAUUUCUUUACAUGUUUCGAGAUUGAACCUUCUUUAAGGUUUUCUGCAAAAAAAAAAAAAAAUCAAAAGCGAGGAAAAAAAAAAUUUAAUUCAAAUACUCGAUUACUUGAAUAUUAUCAAAUAAAUAUUUACUAGAACCAAAUAAUUAUUUGAUUCAAAUAAAUAUUUAUUUGAUCACAGAAAAUUAAAAGGCAUUAAACUAAGCUGCAACGCUUAUUAUUUUAUUCCAAUUUUGCUUAUUUUAAUACCAAAAUGGAUUAAAAUAAGAAGCGUUGAAGCUUAUUUUAAUGCCUUUUAAUUUUCUGUGAUUCUAGUCAAGUAAUCGAGUAUUUAAAUAAAAUAAAAUACUCUUUUUCGCUUUUUUUAUACGGUUCCGUCUGAAUUGUAAGAAAGGCAAUGUGUUUUCUCCAAUCUAGAAAAUCGGAAGUUUUGCAGAUUCUAUAUAUUAUAUAUAUACACAUAUAUAUUUAGGGAAGUAUGAAAGAAAGUGAGAAAGGAACUUAUCGCGCUCGACGUCGAAGAACAAAAAAAAAGAAAAAAGGCUCUUGUACGUAGCAAUUAGUAAAACCACGUCUGUGAUUAUAAUAAGAAUACGGAGAAAAUGGGAGCAAACGAGUGACCGAGAGAGUGACUUGUGAAUGUUUAUGUGCAAAGAUUGAGAAAAAAAAAAAAAAAAAAAAAAAGAAA